AGAAAAUUGAAAAUUAGGAAAGAAGAGAAGUAUAGGAAAGAAGAAAAGUAUAAAAGUAGAGUGUUGUUUGGCGUUAAAUCGGGAGAGAGCGGCAGCAACAGCAAGCAUGGAUGAAGUUGAAUUUGGACGCCUUCUUGAUCUAUUCCCCAUCGUCCGAUCUCGCGAUUACCAUGUGGAAUCAGAGGCAUCAAGAGAGUCAACCUCUAAGUCAACGCAGAUAGAGGUGAUAAAGGAUUGGCAAGAUGAAUGGGACGAGGGGGAUAAAAGUGAAGUUGAGAUUCAUGGAAAUAGCAAAGAUGAUGCAUUUUGGGUGAAGCUAAAGUUGGCUGCUGAGAGGAAGGUGGGGGCAGCAGAAGCAGAGAGAUUUUGCAAGGCUUUUCAACGAAUUCAUAAAAAACUUGUAUAUGAAGAACUGAGUUUAGAUGCUGCUCGGAGCUUCAUAAAUUCCUCAAAAAAGCUCUGAAGAAUAGUUUCUUGCAUGCUUUCUUCGUUUUCUUGUCUCUUAAGGAGUACAUGAGCGACUUGGUUUGGAAGAGACAUUGUGUAACAUUGAAUUAUGAAAUUAAUUUUAUCAUAGUAAGGCAGUUGCCCUAAUUCCAUCAAAGCUUAAAUGAUUUUUUAUUUUUUUACUUAUUAUGGAUUUAAAUACGAGAACCAUUGGAUUUGUUUAU